GUGCCGCGAGUUUUUGUUUUUCCUGCCAACUGUUACCUUUAGCGAACAAGUUGAAAUAUGUGUGUACAAACUGCGUCUUGUUUUGUCUGUUACACCUUGGUUUUGUGAGGACUUUGUUAUAUAAUUGAAGCCGCAGCAGUCGAAAGUUUCCCUGCCUGAAAAUGUCCGUUGAUAAAGAAGAGACGCAGCAGAGGUUAAAGGCAGCAGUCCAUUAUACUGUGGGUCGCCUGUGUCAGGAGAUGGGACAGGAUCACCGGAGAGAGUUCAGUCGACAAGUCAUAGCAGCAAUAGCUGAGACAGCUUACAGACAAUGUGACACAUUUGCUAAAGACCUGGAGGCCUUUGCAAGACAUGCUAAAAGAAGCACAGUGUCUUCAGAAGAUGUAAAGCUUGUUGCUCGUCGCAGUACUGCACUGUCCAUCUACAUACAAAAUAAAAGUGAAGAACUGAACCAGGAGCAGAGGGAUUUGAAAAAGAAGAGCACUGGGAAGAGGAAGAGUAGAGACACUGAGGAGGAGAGCAGAGAGUAAGGACAGGACACAGGCAGGCCCGCAGUGUCUCACUUGUGCCCAACAUUCAAAUAAACAUGACGGCUGACUAACACAUGACAAGAAGUUAAGUGUCAAAGGUGCCAAAGACAUUCAGCUACCAAUCCUACAACAGCAGAUGUCAUUUGAUGUAUCACAUAAGUUUAAUGUACUUUCUCUGACUGGUAUCUGUCCUGGGACUUGCUGAUGUAAUGUCAAAUUACAGUGCAUUUGGCACUGGUUCGACAAACAACAACCUGCAUGAACUGACUCCAAAGUACUGACUACAAGAUCUCUGCUAAAUUAUAUACCUACCUUGUUUCAUUAAACUGAGUAAUCUAAAUGGUUUUUUUGGGGGGGGGGACCUCACUUGUAUUGUUAAGACUGCCAGGCAAACUGUCCAUAAUGUGUACUCAGUGACCACUUUAUUAGGUACACCUGUAUAAUCUGAUGCAAUCCAACACACCUGCCAUGAAGCCUACUUUUACGAUGCCUGUAAUUUUUGUUUUUGUUAAUACUUAAUAAACUGACCUCUACAGGUAGUGAUGAGUCUGCAUUAUGUUCAGAGGAGUUUAAUAGUCUGCCCCACUCAUAUGUAGAUAGGAAGGGAAAAAAAUUAGAAACACGUUAAUAUAAUCCAGUCCAGUAUAACGCAAACUACAACCUCAGUGUUAAACAUGCUUGCAUUAAAAAUUUCCGGCUGCCUACAAAAAUAAGUGGUCCUUUAAUUUAAGGCAAGUUAGAUUUAAGACUUUAAUGCAGAACGAGAUUUAAGACAAAAUUUACAGUUAUAAAUAUUGAAGAAAAAAACAUAAAUCGCCAUCAGUUACUUAAAGAUAGUGACAGUUGUGCCCAAAUAUUUAUAACAACAUAAAACAUAACGUUUGGUGCUGCUAAUGUGAGAGACAUUUAUUGGAAAAAGAUAAAUGUUACUAAUUAUUUUGAGAUUUUACGAUUCAUCACAAGAAAAAAUAUAUAAACCUAUGUCCCAUGUCUUGACAAUUUUAAGACUUUUUCAAAGAAUGAUUUAAGCCAUUUUAAUACCAGUUAAGGCCUAAUUUUCCAAAAACAAAAAACAGUACGUUUUUGUGAUUUUACGAUUCAUCAGGAAAAAAAAAUAUUUAUAAAAUCACACUUCCCGUAUCUUAACAAUUUUAAGACUUUUGAAAUACUGAUUUAAGACAUUUUAACGCCAAUUAAGGCCAUAUUUUUAAAAAUGAAUCUGGUGCCUUUUGAGAUUGUACGAUUCAUUGGAAGAAAAAUAUUUAUAAAAUACUACUUUCCAUGUCUUCACAAUUUUAAGACUUUUGAAAGACCAAUUUAAGGUAUUUUAAUACCAAUUAAGACCUUAAAAAAGAAAAAGUCAGUGCCUUUUAAAACUUUCUGAGGAUCUGAGGAAACCCUUAAAAUUUAACAUUUUCAACUUCCUGAAAGUGACAUUUAUGACAUAACUUCUGUAUAACUUUACAAUAGAAUGUACAGGUGUACUUCUGAAGUGGCCACUAAGUGUGUAUGGUCAUCUAAAACUUACCGAACAAAUGCCAUAAAAUUACCUAAUAUAUUAUUAGUUGUCUGAUUGUUUAAGCCAAAUUAAAGGCUUAAAAAAUACAGUUUGGAGAGGUAAUGCCACACUGCUGAGCUCAUGUAUUGAAGGAUUUCUAUAGACAGUGAUCCCCUCUAGACCUUCCGUCUAACCUUAAGAGUAGCUGUGAAUAAUCAAAAAGGGAUGAUUCACUCUGACAAGCCAUCAAAAGCAGCAAAAAGACAGGUACUACCCCAUGUCAUGUCUGAGAAGGCCACACACUGAAAGUGUUGGAACUUCCGUCUUCGUCCUUCAGAACAGACUUCAGUCAGGGUUCAAACGGAGACCUCGACCAGCAGAGCCCAAGGUCCCUAGAUAUGUGAAUCGAAUUAGAUGUUUUUUUAUUUGACAAACUGACCCAAGUAAAUAUCAACUAAGCAUCUAUUCAAAUGAACUUUAUUAGAGAACUCCCUUCAUUUGACAUGUUUUUAAACACCCCACAAACAACACAAGAGCUACUGGGAACCAUUGGACACACCACUCCACGUUCUCACACUAUCACUCGCGUCCCCCAGAGUCUUCAGCAGGUUGUCAUCCACAUCAAGUACACACUUACAGAUCAGUUCAAUAACAUGAAAGCACACACCAUACAGCAUUCAAAUCAGAUAAUAUAAGCAAUACAAAUAUUCAUCACAACAUUCCACUACAUUUGAUAUUUCUGCACUUGAUCGACAUACUUAAGAGUAAGGAAAAACUUGCAAAGAUAAAAAAAAAAAAAA